CGCGGAGUGGAGUUCGAAAUUCGCGAAAUCGGGACGUCGAACUGGCCUUCAACUCCCAUCCUCUCGACUUUCGGGGUCUGAGUCAGCCUGCUGUUUCUCGGGUGACUCACUCUUCUCUCUCUGCUCUCUGGGGAGCUUCCGCAGUCACCUUGAACCUCAAGCUGCUGGCGUUUCUCCCCCACUAUCUUUCUCCUCUUUUCGCGUACAAGUGCUUUCUUCUCUUCCUCUCUCUUGAUGUUCCUUCUCCUCUCUCUCCAGUCCCCUCCCCUCCCCCCCGCAUCCAUCUACGUCUGUAUUUGUGUGUAACUGCAUGAUUCUCCCUUCCCCGCUUCCAGGCCGUCUCUCUGUCUCUCCCCUCUCCUGCCCUGUCUCCUCUAGGUCUCCUCUAGGUCUCCUCCAGCUUUCUCCCUUCUCCUUCUGCUCCCUUCGUCCAGCUCUAGGAUGGUGGCCGUCGCCGUAUCGGGGCGGGAGGCUAGGGAGCCGCCUCCGGAGCUUGCGUCGAGAGUCUGCGCUGCGCCUUCUGCGCGCAAAGGGACGCGGACAGCGCAGACAACCUCGGACGCCGUCGUCGUGGCUUUAGCCGAGAGAAAAAUCAACUUUGUGCCCUCGGCUGCGAACCUCGUCGCGGGGGGCGCGCUCCGCCAAGCCGUUCCGCGUCCACCGACGCUGCCGGUCUCCCAGUGGCUCUUCCCGCGCGAGGCCCUCCCGCCACCCUUCUGGACGCAAGCGCGGCAAGCCGGCGCAGGUCUGCGGAACCCAAGCUCUUUGUGCUUCAUGAACUCGGUGCUUCAGGCUCUCGCGUACACCCCAGGCUUCGCCGAGCACCUGAUCGAGGGGCGUCACUCGCGCGUCUGCCCUGUCGCGCAGGCGCGUCGCGCGGCCGCCAGACUCCGAAGACUGGACGACGCCCAGUCCGAGACAAAACAGACGCAAGCGAGGGCCGCCUUCGAGCAGGAGAGCCGCAAUGCCCGCGAGGAGGACGCGCGCGGACCAACCACGCACAGCUCCCAGGGGCGCCAGCGCGAGCAGAGCUCCGGAGCUUCCGACUCGGACAAGGCGCGCGUCUCCUUCGCGUUUUGCGUCCUCUGUAAACUCGAGGAACAGAUCCGCCUGCUGCAUCGACAUGGCGGCGGCCGCGUGGAGAACCGCUUCAGCGCAUGCGUGAAGCAGUUCGUCUGGAAGUCGUUCCGCCCACAGCGACAAGAAGACGCCCACGAGUUCCUCCGCUUUCUCCUCGACGCACUGAUUCGCGUCCGCGAGGCGGGCAGCGCACCCCUGUCGAGCCCAGCGAAGAAAGAAGCUCCGCCGGAGCUCUGGAUGACCAGCCUCUGUGGCCAGCUCUUCGGCGGCUGGCUUCAGUCCUCGAUUCGCUGCUCCAGGUGUCCGUACACCAGCGUCCGCUUCGACCCCUGCCUCGACGUCCCCCUGGACCUGGGCAGAAACAGAGACAACGCGGGCCCGCGGAGCAAAAAGGCCCAGAAGCGCGUGCAGAAACUAGGGGCCCACAGACGCCACGCGACAGCCGGAGAGGGUGUAUGUACACUCGAAAAGGCCCUGUACAGAUUCGUACAAAAAGAACACCUUGACGGAGACAACUGCUACAAUUGCCCGCAGUGCAAGCAGAAACAGCCCGCGACCAAGCAGCUGCAGAUUCACACACCUCCUCAGAUUUUGGUGCUCCCCAUCAAGCGCUUCACGAUCUGCGGGGCUCCUGGGUUUCCGUUCGGCCUUCUCGACAAGUCCUGUCUGGGCAAAAACAACACGUCGCUCGUGUAUCCUUCUCUCCUGAAUUUGACGCCCUUCAUGACGCCGCCGCCUGAGCCGCCUCUGCACGAAGCCUCCGCUGCGUCGCUUUUCUCUCUCUCCUCUUCUGUCUCCGCGUCUGCCUCCUCGUCUGUCUCCUCGUCUGUCUCCUCCGCGUCCGUCUCGCUCUCGGCCCUCGUGUCCCCGCGGACCUGUUCAACGCGGGCGUCCUCGACGUCCUCCGCUUCGCUCGAAGCAUCACCGGGCUCGUCAGGUUCGCCGACGCCUUCCUCGCCGUCCGCGCCGUCGCUCUACCAGCUGUACGCGGUCAUCACGCACUACGGCAGUUCGUUGAGCUUCGGGCACUACAAGUGUUUCGCGAAGAUGCCGACCCCGCCGUCGGUGUCUGCAGAGACGGGAGGGGCCUCCGGAGACGCCGCCGUCGCUUCGUCACCGUGGCUCAUGCUCGACGACGAGAGUGUGCAGAUGGUCAGCGAGUCCUUUGUCCUCCAGCGCCUCCAGAAAGAAGCGUAUCUUCUGUUCUACUCGCGCGCGCCCUCGCCAGGCGACCUCACCCGGUCCUCGACGCCCAGCGAGGCUCCCCCCACAGACGCCGAGGCAACCGAGGAGACGGAAGAGACCGAGGAGACGGACGAGACCGAGGAGACGGACGAGACCGAGGAGACGGACGAGACCGAGGAGACGGACGAGAGGAGUGUCGCGAGCGACGAGACCUUGUCUUCAGAGAUAUCUGAGGAGACUUGGUCAGGCGCCUCUCCGCCCAGUUCGAGCGCGGGAGACAGCGACCUGGAGGAGGCAUGGCUGAAAGAAGCCGCGGACGAGAGUGCGAGGCAGCAGCACGAACUCGCCAGCUUCGUCUUGACGCGCGAGCGCCAAGCGGCCAGGUGUCUCUCCCGCAGACUGCGAACCCAUAUUCGAGCGGCGACGUCUUCAGUCCUGCGCGCAGCGCCCGAAGGACUCGUGAAAGGCACACCACUGCUCACAGAAAUGCGACGUCUGGAAGCCGUGCUUGAGACAGGUGAAGAAGACGAGGAAGACGAAGAAGAGGAAGACGAAGAAGAGGAAGACGAAGAAGAGGAAGAGGAGGACAGCGAAAAAGAGAAGGACGAGGAAGAGGCCGAGUAUGGCGCUGGGUUGGGGGGGCCGACGAGGAGAAGGAAAAGAGAACGAAAUGCUGCGUCUCGAGGAAGAGAUGAGGAGGAUGCAAAGUUGAGGGAAGAGACACCGACGAAGAGCGGAGGGGCGAACGGAACGAAGAGGAAAGAGACACGGAAGACGCAAGAGUCGAAUUUCAAGAACUUCCAUAUCGUUACUCCCGAAGACAUGGCCAACCGCAUCGCCGCCGCCAGCAGCUACACUUCGCAGUACGGUGUGCAUGCACCUGGGCUCUGGGGAGACGACAGCGAUGGAGACGGGUCGCCGGCAGAUGCGCCGCGCCGAGAUGCCGUGUUUGAGAGGCUUCAGGAGCUUCAGCAGCCGAAGAGUGCGAAGCGCGAACGUCACGACCGAGAAUACGAUCGCGGAAAAGUGAAGAAAGUGAAAAGAAAAGGGCCGCAGCCCACUGUUGGAGCUUCGGUUUCUCACGCGUCUGCCGAUUCUUCGCUCGUGGUGCGCCAGCGCGCUGCGUUCGACAAGGUUUUGACUGAGAAGAAAAACAAAGGGCAUCGCAGGCAGCGCUUGGGCCGCGCUUCGGGAGCCCAGGCGUCGAAGCGGAAGUUCGUAGACAAGCACAAGGGAAGGCACUGUCCAAAGAACAGAACAUGGAGACACCCGUGACUCCAGAAACCACAGACGACGAAGUGGUAGAAGCGGGCAGCUGCAGGGAGACCGCGUCGGUGUCUAGACACCUGCUGCGCAUGGCAAGUUGGCUACUCAGCUUCGGACGUGAGCUUCAGUUUCCGUUGAGACUCAUCGAGCUGCUGAAGGGCGCCUGCAAAGAUCUGAGGAAAACGACGCGAGAAGGGAAGGCGGGGGCAGGGAAAGAGCGACAGUGUUCGCGAGGAGACCAAGGAAUCUUUCGUAGAGCCGUCGAGGCAUGGGCGGCUUCAUUUCGGAUUGCAUGCGCCCAAAACAAGAGUGAAGAGGCCGAGGGCCGCUUGAUGGGGCAGAUUCGUUCACCAUUGCAUGCACAUGCGACCCGCUACUGCCCUCGGGUCUGCGAAUCCAAGUGUCUGGCGUCUCUGCAGAGACAGGAGAAAUUGUCACCAGGAAGAACUGGGAGAAGGCAGUGUGAGGAGACCAGGAGAGAAGGGCAAAGCAGAGGGGGAAGAAGCAGAAGACGAAACAGGAGAAGGAGAAGAAAAAGGAAACGAACAAGGAGAGGAACGAGAAGACAACGGAAACGAGGACACGACGAAGGCGUAACGAGGAAGGUAGUGGUGAUUGGGGUGAGUAUUCAGAUGAGUAUCUCGAGAGGAGAAGGUAGGCAAGGGGGAUGCGACAGAGAUGAAGGGUGAUCGGACGUCCGGACAGAAAUCGUAUGUCUCCGAGGCUGUCGAGGCCGACGAACCUCGGCCAUUUUUCCGGCUGAUGUUGUCAGGGGUGUUCGAGUCAGUUGCUGUGCGCGAAGUAGUGGCUGUCGUCCGAAACGAGGCAAACCAAUAUGCAGGUCUUGGGUGUCAGGUGCCUGGCUGCACAGUGCCAGGUGUCUGUACACUUCAGUUGUUUUUCGUCUCCGUUUUGUGUCACUUUUUUCCGCCUCAGCGACAGAGCGGGGCAACGCCGCUCAAUCCAACGAACGAAAUGCAGACGCUUUCAUCCGAAG